AUGUCUGCGCCCGCCUUUCAAGACAAACUCGGAACAAAGGACAGCAAACAUGGAAUGCCUAGUUCUGAUGUCGAAAGAGUCGACACGGAGACGGCCAGUCAGCAGGUUGGUCAGGUCAUAAAUGAAAUCGAUGCUACGGCUGUUGGGGUGUUCGGGGCCGCUGCCGCUGCUGGCGGCGAACAAUUCCGUGUUCUUGGCAAAUGGAAGGCCGCCAUCGUCCUCAUCCACACAGAAGUCGGCAUUGGAAUUCUCUCUCUGCCAUCCGUCUUUCAGAAAAUUGGACUCAUCCCGGGAUUUCUCGCCAUUCUCGGUGUUGGCGCCCUAUCAACAUGGACUGCCUACGUUACGUUGCUUUACUGGCGCCGAUACCCUCACAUUGACAACCUUCCCGACGCCCUACGAGUUCUCAGUGGAAAUUUCCUUGCUGCGAUCGGCGGCGUCGGACUAAUCAUAAAUCUGAGUCUUGCCUGCUCUUCAGCUACGCUGGGCAUGAGUGUUGCCCUGAACACACUUACUGGACAUAGCAUGUGCACAGUAGCUUUCAUCGGGUUCGCCUGUCUUGUAUGCUACAUCUUGUGCAUUCCACGGACUAUGAAUUUCGUCGCGUAUUUUUCAUGGCCCGCAACGAUUGGUAUUGUUGUUCCAAUAUUCAUCGUCAUUAUUUCCCUGGCUGUCGACAAGCCACAAACAGCACCUGUGGGUUGGAACAGAGAGAUCAAACUCUGGGCGACUCCCUCAUUUCAAGACGGCUUUACUGCAUUUCUUAGCGUCUGUUAUGCUUUCGGUGGACGGCAAGCCUUCCUCAUGAUCAUGGCCGAGAUGAAAGACCCCAACAGGGAAUAUGUGCCCUCACUCGUCAUUCUUCAGGCAUUCGCCAUACCCAUGUACCUCAUCACUGGAGGCGCUAUCUACGGUCUCGCAGGAGAUUAUGUUACCUCCCCAGCCAUUGGAACCGCUCCUAUCCUCUGCGCCAAGAUCGCAUAUGGCAUUCUCCUCUUGACCCUCUUCGCGACCGGUCUAUUCUACGGCCAUGCUGGAAUCAAGUAUCUCUUCACUGUUGUGAUGUGCCAUGUAUUAAAGUGCCCAGACCAAAUGACCAUGAACAGCUUUAAGUCUUGGACAUCUUGGAUCGGACUAACUACUUUCUACUGGAUACUUGUUUUUAUCCUCGCCAACGCCAUUCCCGUUUUCAAUUCCAUAAUUGCGGUCUCCUCGGCGUUAUUCGUCGCGUGGUUCUCUUUUGGAUUUCCCGGGGCAUUCUGGCUUCAUCUUAAUUGGAAGGAGCAAUUCUCAAGCAAGAGAAUGAUCUUUCUAGCUUUUCUGAGUUGGGGCCUUGUUAUAAUGGGCGCUUUAUUGAAUACAGCGGGAAUGUAUGCGUCUAUUGAUUCACUUAUUGAUUUAUUUAAUAAUCCUGAUAGCGGCAUUGACGGCCCUUUCACCUGUGCCGAUAAUAGCCUCUUCUAG